GUGACAAAGAAGCAGUUUCAUUUCCUUCCACAAAUUCCGACGUUGCCUUAUCUCUGAGUUGUGUCCGUCUUUUCUUUCCCUCCAAACUUACCCCCGCGAUGCAAACUAAUAUAAUCCCAAAUGCGUCCAUUUUCACUCGCACCUGAGAACCAUUUCAAUUUUCACACAAACCCUGCAUCACAGCUCCUCCGUACCCACCAUCGUUUUUAUUGCUGAUCAUCUUCACUACCACCCUUCAACUUCUAAUGGCUACCAAGUUAGCCUUUACUUUAUCUUCCCCAAGUUUGCACCCGCCCUCUGUUAGAAGACCCUUGUCUCCUAUUUCUUCAUCGGUUUCUUCGUUGUCUUCCUCUAUAAGGUUUCAGUCGGUUCUGUUCAAUGGAAGGCACAUACGUCUUCGGCGCCGAAGUUUGGUGCUACCCACCCAGGCCACUGCUGAUCAACAAGACCAGGUUGAAGGUGCCCAAGGGGGUGAGGUUGUCGACAGCAAAAUCCUGCCAUAUUGUAGCAUUGACAAAAAAGAGAAGAAGUCAGUUGGUGAACUUGAACAAGAGUUUCUGCAAGCACUGCAAGCAUUCUAUUAUGAGGGAAAAGCUAUUAUGUCAAAUGAGGAAUUUGAUAAUCUCAAGGAAGAAUUGAUGUGGGAAGGAAGCAGCGUUGUCAUGCUAAGUUCAGAUGAACAGAAGUUUCUUGAAGCUUCGAUGGCUUAUGUAGCUGGGAAACCAAUUAUGAAUGAUGAAGAGUUUGAUCAAUUGAAGUUGCGGCUAAAGACUGAAGGCAGUGAAAUUGUUGUUGAAGGUCCACGAUGCAGUCUCCGAAGUAGAAAGGUUUACAGUGACCUGUCAGUUGACUAUUUGAAGAUGCUUCUGUUGAACGUUCCAGCGACUGUUGUUGCAUUAGGAUUAUUUUUCUUUCUCGAUGAUCUCACCGGAUUUGAGAUUACAUAUCUACUGGAGCUCCCCGAGCCAUUCAGUUUCAUUUUCACGUGGUUUGCUGCUGUGCCCCUCAUAGUUUGGCUAGCUCUAUCACUCACAAAUGCGAUUGUGAAAGACUUUUUGAUCUUGAAGGGCGCAUGUCCAAAUUGUGGUACGGAGAAUGGCUCCUUCUUUGGGACCAUCCUUUCAAUUUCUAGUGGUGGUUCUACCAACACUGUCAAAUGCUCCAACUGUGAAACUGUAUUGGUAUAUGACUCAAAGACACGCUUGAUUACGUUGCCAGAAGGAAGUAACGCUUGACUGGAGCUACUCUUGAGUUGCAGGACAUAUCCGGUUUAAGUGAUCCGUCAUACGCCUGUUACUAACUUGAGAAGUUGAAGAUAAAGGGUGUCGCCUCUGUAUAUACCAACAGUCAUCGUUUGCGGAGAGCCAAAAAUUGUGAAUGCCAGAAUUUUGAUGCAACAUCCUAUCCAAUCGUGAAUGCCAAAAUUUUAUAUCAGCUUCUCCUCCUUUGUAUAAGUGGAGGCACGCUGUCAGAAGUACUCAAGUUUCUCCACCUUACGUAUUCAUUCCUAAUAUAUCAUGACUUCUUAGGAUAAAGUCCUAAAAUUCAUAUU